CCCUCUGCCUUCCUUCCCCACGGCCGGCCGCCUCCUCGCCCGCCCGCCCGUAGCCCCGGAGCCGAGGCCGCCGCGGCCGUGGCGGCGGAACCCUCAGCCAUGGCCUCGGGCGACACCCUCUACAUCGCCACGGACGGCUCGGAGAUGCCGGCCGAGAUCGUGGAGCUGCACGAGAUCGAGGUGGAGACCAUCCCAGUGGAGACCAUCGAGACCACGGUGGUGGGCGAGGAGGAGGAGGACGACGACGACGACGAGGACGGCGGCGGCGGCGACCACGGCGGCGGGGGCGGCCACGGGCACGCGGGCCACCACCACCACCACCACCACCACCACCCGCCCAUGAUCGCGCUGCAGCCGCUCGUCACCGACGACCCGACCCAGGUGCACCACCACCAGGAGGUGAUCCUGGUGCAGACGCGCGAGGAGGUGGUGGGCGGCGACGACUCGGACGGGCUGCGCGCCGAGGACGGCUUCGAGGACCAGAUCCUCAUCCCGGUGCCCGCGCCGGCCGGCGGCGACGACGACUACAUCGAGCAGACGCUGGUCACCGUGGCGGCGGCCGGCAAGAGCGGCGGCGGCGGCUCGUCGUCGUCGGGCGGCGGCCGCGUCAAGAAGGGCGGCGGCAAGAAGAGCGGCAAGAAGGGCUACCUCGGCGGCGGGGCCGGGGCGGCGGGCGGCGCGGACGCGGGCAACAAGAAGUGGGAGCAGAAGCAGGUGCAGAUCAAGACCCUGGAGGGCGAGUUCUCGGUCACCAUGUGGUCCUCAGAUGAAAAAAAAGAUAUUGACCAUGAGACAGUGGUUGAAGAGCAGAUCAUUGGAGAGAACUCCCCUCCUGAUUAUUCAGAGUAUAUGACAGGGAAGAAGCUUCCUCCUGGAGGGAUACCUGGCAUUGACCUCUCAGACCCCAAACAACUGGCAGAAUUUGCUAGAAUGAAGCCAAGAAAAAUUAAAGAAGAUGAUGCUCCAAGAACAAUAGCUUGCCCUCAUAAAGGCUGCACAAAGAUGUUCAGGGAUAACUCUGCCAUGCGAAAGCACCUGCACACCCACGGCCCCCGAGUCCACGUCUGUGCAGAGUGUGGCAAAGCUUUUGUUGAGAGCUCAAAACUAAAACGACACCAACUGGUUCAUACUGGAGAGAAGCCCUUUCAGUGCACGUUCGAAGGCUGCGGGAAACGCUUUUCACUGGACUUCAAUUUGCGCACACACGUGCGAAUCCAUACCGGGGACAGGCCCUAUGUGUGCCCCUUCGACGGCUGUAAUAAGAAGUUUGCUCAGUCAACUAACCUGAAAUCUCACAUCUUAACACAUGCUAAGGCCAAAAACAACCAGUGAGAGGAAGAUGGAGAAGACCCUUCUCGACCCCGGGGAGCAUCUUCCAGGAGUGUGAUUGGGAAUAAAUAGGCCUCUCCUUUGUAUAUUGUUUCUAGGAAAGAAUUUUAAAAAUGAAUCCUACACACCUAAGGGACAUGUUUUGAUAAAGUAGUAAAAAUUUAAAAAAAAAACUUUAAUAAGAUGACAUUGCUAAGAUGCUCUAUCUUGCUCUGUAAUCUCGUUUCAAAAACACGGUGUUUUUGUAAAGUGUGGUCCCAGCAGGAGGACAAUUCAUGAACUUCGCAUCAAAAGACAAUUCUUUAUACAACAGUGCUAAAAAUGGGACUUCUUUUCACAUUCUUAUAAAUAUGGAGCUCACCUGUUGCUUACAAUUUUUUUAAUUUUGUAUUUUCCAAGUGUGCAUAUUGUACACUUUUUGGGGAUAUGCUUAGUAAUGCUAUGUGUGAUUUUUCUGGAGGUUGAUAACUUUGCUUGCAGUAGAUUUUCUUUAAAAGAAUGGGCAGUUACAUGCAUACUUCAAAAGUAUUUUCCUGUAAAAAAAAAAAGUUAUAUAGGUUUUGUUUGCUAUCUUAAUUUUGGUUGUAUUCUUUGAUGUUAACACAUUUUGUAUAAUUGUAUCGUAUAGCUGUAUUGAAUCAUGUAGUAUCAAAUAUUAGAUGUGAUUUAAUAGUGUUAAUCAAUUUAAACCCAUUUUAGUCACUUUUUUUUUUUCCGAAAAAUACUGCCAGAUGCUGAUGUUCAGUGUAAUUUCUUUGCCUGUUCAGUUACAGAAAGUGGUGCUCAGUUGUAGAAUGUAUUGUACCUUUUACCACCUGAUGUGUACACCCCAUGUGACAGAAAAGGGCAACAAUAAAACAGCAGUCCUACAGAAAGAAUACGGCAGAAAAAGAUCUGUAAGCACAGUCUGAUUUCCUUUUGUUGUCCAGAAUAAUUACAAUUCUCGAGCCUCCCAGAAAUUGGAAGCUAAAUAAAGCAACUCAAGUUUCCUUUAUUUUGCACUCAACUACAGCGACUUGUGAUUGCAAGAUGUUUCAGGACUUCCUACGCGUGCUGAAUUCUGGGAGAGAGUAGGUGACAGGCAUCCCGAGUUAAGGAACUACCUCAGAGUACCCCAAACCGGGCCCGUUGGUGAUAGGAUUUUGAUGUUAGCUCCCCCCUCCCCCUCCCCCAGCAGAAGUGUGACUGGAGCAGUUGUGCCCCGGCCUGUGUGUGUGCUCUCAAGGUAAGCUGUCACCUGGACGGGGCGCGAGCAGAGGGGAGACCCGAGGGCACCUGCCGGCGCGGGCUGCCUUCACGGCGGCCCCAGCGGGUCCUUGGCUGGCCUGACGGGAAGCGCUUAGGGUUCUCCUUGGCUGUUGGUCGGAGAGCCUUGCUGGCCCACGUGGCAGCCGCGUGCCCGUGGCUUCGUUUUCCUGCUUCUCCCUGGAUACUGAGCGCAGACCGGCAGGGUGAUUCGAUGAUGAAGAAUACUGUGUACUCAGUGAGUACUUUACCUCUCACAUUGUGACCUCCUAAGUGUUCGACUACAAUUUUUGCAUUUUACUUAGAGUCCAAUAUCACACUCGUGAGACUAUUUUAUAAACUGCCACGAUACAGCAAAAAUGCCAUUUAUUCAGAGCGCAGUCAGCCGUGUGUGUGCUGCGUGCUUGGCCCUGCGGGGCUGGUGACGAGCCAGCUACCGUCUGAGGUUUGUGUCCCACGUGUCCAGGACACCGUCGGGUCAAAAGCGCAGCCCUGUCCCUCUCAGCUUCUCCAUUGGUCCCGUACAGGAGGAUUGGCGACCUAAUAACAGGGACCCUGUGGCUCUCCGGAAUUUUGAAGUGCCUUCUGAGUCCUAAAUGACAAAUUUAACUUGAGACACUUACUUGUUCAGAAUCUGGUAUCCAUUGGGUAGUUUGACGGAACUGAGUUAAUCCGAAGACCCCAGCUGUUCUCGGGAUAAGCCCGGCUUUGCUGUAUCUGGCAGGCAGGAGAGAGGUAAGCCGGUGGCGGGGCCCAUCGAAGCUGCGCGCCCCAGCGCCAUCGCGUGCCUCUCUGAGUAGACCUGGGGCGGAGGCCCUACCUCCCCGCCCCACCGGGUGAGCAGUCUCUGGGUGCUGGCCGCCUUAGGAGGCCGGGGCUGCGCCACCCUCGCCCAGCACCGCCACACGGGAGCCCGGGCCUGGCGCCAUCCCCGGGACUUGUGCCGUGGGGGGGUGUCGCCAGCAGCCCCCGCGGAGCCACACCGUGAGCUAGAGAAGCCAGGCUCCCGGGUGGAGCGACCCCCCCCCUCCCCGUGCCUUGAUCCCUUGGGGGAUGCCUUGGUCAUCUCUUCUGCCCCCUCUGCCCCCUCUGUCUCUGAGGGGAACAGCUGUCGCUCCCCAGGCCCCUUUGUCCGUGUGUCUUUCACGGCCUGCAGAGUUCAUCUCUGACAGGAAUUGAAGUGGGAGCUUGAAGGCGGCGGAACGUCCCAGGUUCCCGGUUGGCGGGCGCUCUCCAUUCCCAGUAGUGUAGGAAGCUCCUCAGGGAGCGGCAGUGAAAGAGGAGCCGUUGUCCUCAUUGGCUGUAACCGAAACCCGUCGUGCUUGUGGUUAGAAUUUAUAGUUUUGCUCAAGAUGUAAUUUACUGCAGUUUGAAGUGGUGUUCUAACAGUCCCUUGUCUUGAGGAUUAACCUGAUUUAUAAGUGAUACUGACAGACAUAUUUUCUUACAUCCGAACUGAAAUAAAUGCAUGUUCCUAGCAUAUGUAAUAUAAAAGCUCCAGAGGAUAAGUUUACAUUUAACAAGAUGUUGUUUUCUAUUUUUGGAUUUCUUAUUAUUUUCCCCCCUUUUUUGGUAGUGGGGGUUUAGGGGGAAGCAUAAUAUUUGUAUAAAGAACUGUCACCCCAGAGUGACAUUUAUUUUCCAAGGUGACAUUGAACUCACGCUGUUGGUUUCAUAUGGUGUUUGUGUGCUAUGCCUAGAUUCAAGGCCUGAGGAUUUGAGGAAAAUCAAGAUUUUUUCCUCCGUUUGGUUUUCAUGUGCAGGUUCUUUUAAAUGUCACUUACUUCGCUGAAUUUGAGUCAAGCAAGGCCCUUUGACAGAGAGUAUCUCGAUGCCUGCCAGCGUUUCCAAGCGGAGUUCUAGAUGGUUUCUUCACAAAUAGAGGAGAGAGAGUCCCUUCCAUUCAGCAAGAACCCAGAGACUCUGCGGGCUGCCUGAGGGGUCGCCGCAGUGUGGUGGGCAGGAGGCCGGGGGGGGGGCGGUCACUGCUGCCCCCCCCCCGCCCAGCAAAACCUGGCUAUCCUCACGCACCUCGCAAUUUAUGUCCGUGGCAGCGGAACACCUGGCCCCCUCCCACAUUUUUGAGUUGGAAACCUGAUGAUUCUACCCCGCGCUGCAGGCAGAGAGAAUUGAUGGCUUCUUGUCUGACUCCUCUGUGGCCUGGGAUCAGCAGGGCUCAGGAAAGCCGUGUUGUGAAUCUUGGAUUCCUUAAGUUCCUUCUAUUUUCUGGACAUCUGACCACCAGCAAGAGCAAGGAUCCCAAGAGGUCAGUAUAGUGGGAGAGCAGAAGCUGUUCACAGGCGUCCCCUUCAUGCCCUGGCCCUGCCCUGAGGCUUCCUCCUCAGCUGUUCUGCUGGCCCUUGGAAGCCAGAGGCCUGCCUGUCCCGGGAUGGCCCCAGACCCCGGGCACUUGUCUGACUUUGUAGCCCAUGUCCCGGCUCCCAUUGGCAUUAGUGGAAGUCUAGCAGGUCGUGGCAGGUGCAUGCCACCGGAACUCCAAGUUCUGCUUCCUUGCAGCUCCGGUCAUGCACUCCAUAGCCUGCACUUGGACCUUUACAGAAGGUCCUCGGCGCCUUCAGAAUCCCUCUCGCCUGCGCAGACGCAGCUGAAUGUCUGGCUAGGUCUCCUGCACCCUAACUUACUGGCCUUGGCCAACUUGGUUACUGCUCACGUUGUGCUCAGGUUCCCUGGUUGCAUGAAGACGAUGUGAGUGCAGGCCCUUUAGAGCCGCGGCAUCGGGCUUCUAGAAGGAGGCCGGGCCCUCCACAAGUGGCGAAGUGGGGCUAUCCGUGGCUGGAAGGCUGCCUGCAUCCUCUCCAGGCCGGAGCGGUUAGCAGGGCUUUGGAGAGGAUGUCUAAGCUGGAACCGUGUGGAGACGUGGGAGGGGUGGGUGGCGUACUGUUGACACACUUUCUCCGGUCCCCUUAUCAGAACCGGAAGGGAAUGUUGAACGUGCACAUGGGCCUUAGUUUAGGUCAGCAGGCAAAUCGAGCUUACUGCAGUCCCCCGGCUCCCCAUGUUUCUGACCAGCGUUCUGGGAGUCUGCAGAGGGGGGGUGUGUGGUAGUACCACGUUCAUCUAAGUCACAGUGAUUGAUUUUCCACAAAGUGGCAAGUUUGAUCAAAUUGCUUUUCCUUCAAGACCCUCAGACGCCGGAAGAGACAGCAUCGGGGUGUUGCAGGGAGGGGGGCGGUUGCUGUGCUGCUGUAUUCUGUUUGCUGCUGUCUGGGGGCCGCACAACGUCUGCAUACGGAGUGGAGGGGAAAGGGCAUCAGUACCAAACAGAAUAACCUUUUCUCUACGACAUCCAUGCUUGUUACGAGGCUCUGUUAUCUACAGAUGGUGAUUGGUCAAGCCGUUUUCACAGAACAGUUCUCUGUUUUUUUUCACUUCCUGGUAACUUCUGUAGGCCCUGACUCAAGGACUUAUAGCAUUGUGUCUCAUGUACAUCUUUUCUUAAAUGUUCUUUGCCAUUUCUGAAAUUGUCGUCCUUGGUUUUUUCCUUAGCUCAUAGGUCAUAGAUGCAGAAAUAUUAUAGUAUUUAAGGCAUCCGCAUCAAGCAUCAGAUGGCUUUGCAUCCAGAAAAACAUUUAACGAUAACUCCGUUUGAAGCACCACGCAUGUGUAACAUGGCUCUAUAAAAUAUAAUAAACGCAUAAUGUUGUUAAGCUU